AUGCGUCCCCUGAAGAACGACCCCCUGUACACGGUCGUGCGGCCAAUCCCGACGAUUCUCAGCCCCGAGGCGGUGGUUGCGAAACUGGAAGACAUUGCCAAAAACACCGCUUUCCCGAUACCCGGAUCCAUACCACAGAUGCAGUUCGACGCAGCAGUCGGUGCUGUAGUUGCCAGCAACGGCGCAACUUCAUCACCCUCCAGUGGUGGAGGUCAAAGACAGCAGACCAACGGCAUCAUUGUCGAGUUUGAGGAAAAUGCGACCGUUUUUGACCAGGCCAUUGUGUUGAAAUGGUGCGACAUCAGCGUGGCUCGCGCGAUGCACGGGACGCAUAGUUUGAGAUUGGAGUCCGGGCAUGUGAUUGACGUGCACGUUUUUCAGUACCAGGGGAAGAAGUGCGGCUGCUGCUCGAUGCUGAGGGAUUGAUGUAAGUAGAAGUAAAACGCACAGCUGCUGCCUGGAUUAUUUUGAUUGACACACGUUCACCUUCACGAAGACGAACAAGACCAGCAGUUGUAUGAAUUUGUUCCUGCUUGGUUGUGGUACUCUUUUUUACUCAUACUCGGAAAGCGGUGGAGGCAAAAGAAAAAGCAAU